AUGAAUGGGCGACUUCCUGUGGCUCCAAUUGCCAGCCUAAAGGGCACCUGGACCAGUGUAUUUUGUACAGAGAACCGCUGCUCCAGGGCGCCAACAAAGCAGCCGCGUGGGGCAAAGCAGCGGCGCCGGCUGGCACAGCCGCGCUGUUUAUCAGCCUUUUUUUUUUUUCAUCUUACAGGAACACCAGUGUAUUCAGUAGCAUGGGGCCCUGAUUCAGAAAAGGUUCUUUUUACAGCAGGCAAGCAACUAAUCAUUAAACCUCUUCAACCAAAUGCUAAAGUUUUACAGUGGAAAGCUCACGAUGGCAUUAUUUUAAAAGUAGAUUGGAACUCAGUCAAUGAUCUUAUUUUAUCUGCUGGUGAAGACUGUAAAUAUAAGGUAUGGGAUAGUUAUGGCCGCAUGCUGUACAAUUCACAACCUCAUGAGCAUCCUAUUACUUCAGUUGCCUGGGCUCCAGAUGGAGAAUUAUUUGCUGUUGGAUCAUUUCAUACUUUACGCUUGUGUGAUAAAACUGGGUGGUCAUACGCAUUAGAAAAACCCAACACUGGCAGCAUAUUUAAUAUCGCGUGGUCUAUUGAUGGCACUCAGAUUGCUGGAGCCUGUGGAAAUGGACAUGUUGUUUUUGCACAUGUGGUGGAACAACAUUGGGAGUGGAAAAAUUUUCAAGUUACAUUAACUAAAAGAAGGACCAUGCAGGUUCGUAACGUUCUUAAUGAUGCAGUGGAUUUACUGGAAUUCCGUGAUAGAGUCAUUAAAGCAUCUUUGAACUAUGCGCAUUUAGUGGUUUCAACAUCUCUUCAAUGUUACGUGUUCUCCACAAAGAACUGGAAUACACCAAUUAUAUUUGAUCUCAAAGAAGGAACUGUUAGUUUAAUUCUGCAGGCGGAAAGACAUUUUCUUCUUGUAGAUGGUAGUAGUAUCUAUUUAUAUUCGUAUGAAGGGCGCUUUAUUUCAUCUCCAAAAUUUCCUGGGAUGAGAACAGAUAUUCUGAAUGCACAGACUGUAUCUUUGAGUAAUGAUACCAUAGCAAUAAGAGACAAAGCUGAUGAAAAAAUAAUCUUCCUCUUUGAGGCGUCAACUGGAAAACCAUUAGGUGAUGGGAAGUUUCUUUCUCAUAAGAUUGAAAUCUUGGAAAUUGCUCUGGAUCAAAAAGGACUUACCAAUGAUAGAAAAAUUGCUUUCAUUGAUAAAAAUAGAGAUCUCUGUAUCACUUCUGUGAAACGAUUUGGGAAGGAAGAACAAAUUAUCAAACUUGGAACAAUGGUGCAUACCUUGGCAUGGAAUGAUACAUGCAAUAUCCUUUGUGGACUUCAAGAUACUCGAUUUAUAGUGUGGUAUUACCCCAAUACAGUUUAUGUGGACAGAGACAUUUUGCCUAAAACAUUAUAUGAAAGGGAUGCAAGUGAAUUUAGUAAAAAUCCCCACAUUAUGAGUUUUGUUGGAAAUCAAGUAACUAUUAGAAGAGCUGAUGGCUCCCUGGUUCACAUCAGCAUAUCACCAUAUCCUGCUAUUCUCCAUGAAUAUGUAAGCAGUUCAAAAUGGGAAGAUGCUGUAAGACUUUGUCGCUUUGUUAAGGAGCAAACCAUGUGGGCUUGUCUAGCUGCUAUGGCAGUUGCUAAUCGAGAUAUGACUACUGCAGAAAUAGCCUAUGCAGCAAUUGGUGAAAUUGAUAAGGUUCAGUACAUCAAUUCUAUAAAAAAUCUUCCAUCUAAAGAAUCAAAAAUGGCCCACAUACUGCUGUUUAGUGGGAACAUACAGGAGGCUGAAAUAGUUCUUCUUCAGGCUGGCCUUGUUUAUCAAGCAAUCCAGAUCAAUAUUAAUCUCUACAACUGGGAAAGGGCACUGGAAUUGGCUGUAAAAUACAAAACACAUGUUGAUACUGUUCUUGCUUACCGUCAAAAGUUUUUGGAGACAUUUGGUAAACAGGAAACUAAUAAACGAUUCUUGCAUUAUGCAGAAGGCCUACAAAUAGAUUGGGAGAAAAUCAAAGCCAAGAUCAAGAUGGAAAUUACAAAAGAACAAGAGCAAUCAUCAAACAGCCAAUCCAGCAAGAAUAUGGGUCUAAAACUCUAAAUGCCAUGCUUAUCUUUAAGAAGUUUUAUCUUUUGAAACAAAUUCUAAUUAAUCAAGAAUAAGCAUGUUUUGGUUCCUAAAGAAAAAAAGCAUAAUUUAUAAAUAAGUACUUGCUGUGUAUUUAAUGUAAAAGUAUAUUCAGAAAGGUGAAACACAAAAUAAUUGAUGUACUUCUUUUAUAUUUUUAGUCCAAUAAUUAGCAAAGUAUUACUAUAUACUUAAGAUAUACCUGUGUGAUGUUGAUUAUAUUUGUUUUUUGCCUAUUACUUCGUCCCUGAAUCUUUAGCAUGAACAAAUAUUAAUGUUGAUAAUAAAACAUUGCACUUUUUGAAAUAUAUGUUACCAUUAAUUUCUAUUUGACCUCUAAAUUCUAAAGUGCCUCCAAAAGUUUAUUUAUAGAACAAAAAUACAUUCGGAGGCCGGGCACGGUGGCUUACUCCCAGAACUUUGGGAGGCUGAGGCAGGCAGAUCACCUGAGGCCAGGAGUUCGAGACCAGCCUGACCAACAUGGAGAAACCAGCAUAGGUAAGUUCAUAGAGACAGAAAGGAGAACAGUGGUUACCAGAGACUGCAGGGAGGAGGAAAUGGGGGGCUUAUUGUUUAACAGGUACAUAGUUUCUGUUUGGGAUGAACAAAUUCUGGAAAUGGAUAGCAAUGAUGGCUUCUCAACAUUGUGAAUGUUAGUGCCACUGAAUUGUACCCAUAAAAAUGGUUAAAAUGGUAAACUUUGCUAUGUAUAUAUUAUCAUAAUUUUAAAAAUAUAUCUAGAAUGGCAAGAAGGAUUCUCCUCAUUCCUCUCUUGACUUGAGAAUGGCCAGGCAAUAAGCCCUGAAGUAUUUUCAUAGGUGAUAAACUGUUUGAUUACUCUUGAUUUAGUAUGUCCCAAAGUUAUUAUCACAUAAUCUUUUAAAUAAUAAAACAAAUACCCCUUAGAAAGUCUUCCGUGAACCCAUUUCUGGAAAUGGUACAUUAUAGAGUGGGUAUGUGCACAUAUAUGGGAUUAUGUAUAAAUAUGUUACAGAUACACACACACACACACACACAUAUAAAGGGAUAGAGGGAUUACUGCUCUUAAAUCCCAUUUUAAUUACUAUGUCUAGGUUUUUAAAAUAAAAAUGUUUUUCUUUUUAACAUGUUUCUUUUCUUUCCUGGAAUAUUGGAAUAUCGUGUUCUUGAUCCAGAUGAAAUCUGAUUGAGCAGUAUACUUUAUAAGUUGUACUGUUUAUAUGUUUUCUGUAUUGUUAUCUUUCAAUGAGAAGCUUAAAAAUAAAAAAUGGUUAAAAAGGUUUUAUGUUAUGUAUAUUUUACCACAAAAAAUAAAAAAAAUAAAAAGUUUGUGUUCUAAA